AUGAAGCUCUUCCUUGGACUUCUCCUAACUUCGUGCGUUUUGGCCGAAAUGUCCACCGAAAAUUGCCCAUCGGGUUGGACGAUGGUGAAGCGGACGAUGGGCAAUUGGUGUAUUCAGGUGUUUGCGGGGACGGUGAAUGUUCGAGAGGCUGAUCAGAAAUGCCGUGAACAGGGAGCCGUUUUGACGGGGAUGGAGAAUGAGGCCGAGAAACAGUUGAUUCUUGGUGGGUUGGGCUUGGGCUUCAAGGCCUGAAGGCUGAAGCCUAAAAGCCUAGAAGCCUAGAAGCCUCCAGGCUGGCCGCUUCGCGGUAGACAGUGCCGCUACGCGGAAGCUUGCGGUCUACACUCGCGCAGAGCGCUCGGGCUUCUUGGCUCGAGGCUUGUUAGGUGUCUGGGCCUAAACCUGACCCUGGCCGCUUCGCGGUAGAUAGUGGUCUACGCUCGGGCUUCUAGGCUCGAGGCUUCUAGGCUUGAGGCUUCUAGACGCGAGGAUGCUAGGCUCGAGGCUUCUAGGCUGGAGGACAGGCGCAGGUUGAGCUUUGCUCUGGACUGGGCUUAAGCCUGAACCUUAGGGAUACCUGGCCGCUGCGCGGAAGCUUGCGGUCUACACUCGCGCAGAGCGCUCGGGCUUCUAGGCUUGAGGCUUCUAGGCUCGAGGCUCCUAGGCUCGAGGCUCCUAGGCUCGAGGCUUCUAGGCUCGAGGCUUCUAGGCUCGAGGCUUCUAGGCUCGAGGCUUCUAGGCUCGAGGCUUCUAGGCUCGAGGCUCCUAGGCUCGAGGCUUCUAGGCUCGAAGCUUCUAGGCUCGAGGCUUCUAGGCUCGAGGCUUCUAGGCUCGAGGCUUCUAGGCUCGAGGCUCCUAGGCUCGAGGCUUCUAGGCUCGAGGCUUCUAGGCUCGAGGCUUCUAGGCUCGAGGCUUCUAGGCUCGAGGCUUCUAGGCUCGAGGCUUCUAGGCUCGAGGCUUCUAGGCUCGAGGCUUCUAGGCUCGAGGCUCCCAGGCUCGAGGCUGCUAGGCUUAGGCUUAGGUGUCUGGGCCUAAGCCUGAACCCAGGCCGCUCCGCGGAAGCUUGUGGUCUACACUCGCGCAGAGCGCUCGAGGCUUCUAGCCCUAAACCUUUUGCCUAAACCCAAAUCUUCCAGCCGCCGGUGUCAAAAUCAUCCGCUCAGUCUCGAAACGCGAGGGUUCAAUCUGGCUCGGUGGCCGCCGUCGUGUCCCCUGUCUUGCUCCCAACACAAAUGCCACCGGCUGUGUUCCAUGGGUCCCAAAUGCCUUUGAGUGGACCGACGGGUUCACCACCGGCAAAACGAUGUUGCACAAAUGGAGAACCACUCAACCGGAUUAUUAUAAGUGAGUCCGCGCGGGUUCCGCAAGCCUUCCGCGUGCUAGCUGACAUGUUUACAGAAACGUUCAAGAUCGCAUCUGCAUGCUGAUUGUUGACGGAAAAGUUGGAUCGGGUGGAACUUUGCCGGGAGAUUUGGAGGAUGCCGGCCCGAAUGCCAAGUUCAACGAUUUUCCGCUGAACUGCAUGCGCGGAUACGCUUGCGGAAAGAAACCGACUAUUACUAAUUAUAUUUAA